CAAACCAGGGAAGAAAGAGAAGAGAGGAGAGAAAGGGAAGCGAACGCGCAAAUACAUGCAUACAAUGAUAGCAGAAAUUGGUGCCGCCGACAAUCCCAAGGCCAGCUCCAGCUAUCCCCAUCCCCAAGCAGCUGUGAUCUUCCCGGACUCACCGGUUUCAUUCGCCCCGGACUACGGAGUCGGACAGCUGUUCAUACGUAGCGCCUCGUCCAGGAGGGACACACAGACGUCCGCGGGCAGCAUCAACCCAGACGAGAGCUCCAUCAAGCCGCUGGUAUCCGGAUUAUCCUCCGCUAUUACAGGCGCCUAUAUCAUGACCUCUGAGGAAUUCAUGCAGACCGCUCCCUUGUUCGGCCAGAGGUCCAAGAGGAACGUUCUCUACAAGAUCCUGUGUUUCCUCAUUCUGAUAUUCCAAGGAGGCAUUCUAGAUUUCUACCUCAUUAUCUUCACGGAUCUGUACUGGUGUUCGUGGAUCGCCACGGAUCUGGUGGUGAUCUCUGGCUGGGGGAUCUUCUUCAUGAAGAACGCCAGGAGCAAGAGAGAGCGGGCGUGUGGGUUCCACCAAAAUAACUCUAUAUUCGGCUGUAACCUCGGCGAGUUUACCUACGCCUACCUGGCCUGGUUAAUCUACGUGAUCGCCUGCACCCCUAAAAUAGUCCUCAUUCUAGAGACUUCGAUAUUAGAUCUCAUCGCGCUCAAAGUUCCGUUCGGUGUAACCGGAUUUAAGAUUAUCACGUUGCUCUCCGUCCCGUUACUCUACUGUCUCGUCAAUUCUAUCACCGAGGACCAGAACGGAGCGACGCGCCACCGGUCCCAAAGCUGCUUCAUAACCACCUGUCUGGACCUCGCAGACUGUUUUACCCUGGUGGAGUUGUUUCUGAACAACGAGAUACCGACGGUCUAUUUAAAAUACACGGUCAUCUCGGUGUAUUUCAUCGCCCUGGGCGUCCCAGUGGUGUGGUUAUACGAGUUGACAGCCUCCGAGAUGCGCUGUCGCUGGGUCUGGGCUCGGUUCCUGGUCGGUGUGUUGGUCAACGCCCCACUUCUGGUGGUGCGGUGUUUCCAGGUGUAUGUUCACAAGAUGCCCGUCUCAGUGUUCAUGUUCAAGAACAUGUUCUUCCUGGCCUGUAAGUGUCUGGAGCUGAUAGAACAGUGUUUGACAGUGCGGCGAGUCAGGAGGUUCGCUGAGGGAAGCAACCCGGCGCAGUUCUCUCACUGUGUCUCGGAGAACGAUAUGUGUCCCCAUGGAUAUGUCAACACCCUGGCGGUUACCACGCAGUCAUAGGCCCGGCUUGGAUCUCACCCUGGCCGUCACUACCUAGACCUAAAACGGCCUGCAUUUUUAUUUGAUCCCCCUGGAGGGUGGAAGGCACAUGAGUGAUGCUGAAGGAAGAAUUUUGAGGGACAGGGAUACGCCCUUAAACGGCACCCUAUGCCCUAUACAGUGCAUUACUUUUGACCAGGGUUCAUAGGGUUCUGAUCAAAGGGAGUGCACUAUAUAGAGAAUAGGGUGCCAAUGAGGAUGCACACCCCACAGGUGUCAAUCAACGACAGCCUUAUUGACGAUUUUGUCAUUUAUUCAGAUGUAAACAUUUGAUAACAACAGGUGCUACAGAAUCAUUAUGCAUCAACUACACCUGCUUUAAGACUUGGCAGACCUGGCUACUGGCCAACCUGGCAGACCUGGCCACUGGCCAACCUGGCAGACCUGGCCACUGGCCAAUCUGGCAGACCUGGCCACUGGCCAAUCUGGCAGACCUGGCCACUGGCCAACCUGGCAGACCUGGCCACUGGCCAA